GACUGCUGCCACUUUUCUGUGCAGAAUAGCGUUUCGUUUUCUCUCCUAACUGUGACGUCACAGAAUGCUGACUCCUCAUUGGCUCAGCUGGAGUAUUAUAAAAAGAGCCGCGACAGUUCCUGGUUCAUUUUUCCUGUUUGCGAGUCAAGCGAGUGUUCGUCACUUUUGUCUUUCUCUGCGGGAUUAAAAGUGGCAAACAUCUUUUUGUUUCGCGCUGACAUCAUGAACUUGUUUUUAUUCUUUCUUCUGGUCGUGCAAAUGCACAGGGUGACGCCUGUGAUUCACACGCUGCAGUAUUUCUACACUGUGUCCUCUCAAGUUCCAAACUUCCCAGAGUAUGUGAGUGUUGGUUAUGUUGAUGGAGUUCAGAUUUCUCACUAUGACAGCAACAGCAGGAAAGCAGAAGCCAAACAGGACUGGAUGAACAAAAUCACAGCAGAGGAUCCAAAAUACUGGCAGAGAGAAACAGAGAUCGGUGUUGGUAAUGAGUUGAUUGGCAAACACAACCUUGAAGUUCUUAAGAAGCGUUUCAACCAAACUGGAGGUGUUCACAUUCUCCAGUGGAUGUUUGGAUGUGAAUGGAAUGAUGAGACUGAUGAAGUUAAAGGUUGGCGUCAGGAAGGUUAUGAUGGAGAAGAUUUCAUAACGUUGGACAUGAAGACAUGGACAUUUACUGCAGCAAAACAACAAGCUUUCCCCGACAAACUCAAGUUGGACCAGGACAAACAUCUACUAGAAUACUAUAAGUUUUACUACACUGAGGAAUGUCCUUCUUACUUGAAGAAGUAUGUGAACAAUGGGAAGGAGGUCCUAAUGAGAACAGAGCUUCCAGAGGUGUUCCUGCUCCAGAAGACGCCGUCCUCUCCGGUCAGCUGCAUGGCGACAGGUUUCUACCCCGACGGUGCCGACCUGUUUUGGAGGAAAGACGGCGAGCAGAUCUUCGAGGACGUGGAGCACGGAGAGAUACUCCCCAACCACGACGGAACCUUCCAGAUGUCGGUGGCGCUGAAAGUGGAGGUGACGGCCGACGUGGAGGGCAAGUACGAAUGUGUGUUUCAGCUGUCAGGCGUCAAGGAGGACUUGGUCACCAAGCUGGAGAGAAGAAGCAUCCUGAGCAACGCAAGCCAUGAAGACAACUUGAGCGUCGCCCUCGCUGCCACGGCGGCGGUCCUCGCUGUGGCGGCCAUCAUCAUCAUCAUCAUCAUCAUGGUCAGGCGUCACAGAAACAGACAAGCCCAGUACGAACCAGCUGGUAAGUAAAACAUCUUUUCUUUGAGCCGCAAGAAACAAAGCCGUGGUGAAGCGUCACUCACAUGGAGGUCUGAUGUGGACCUUUGUUACAAGUUUAGCCGGAAAAGCCCAACUGGAGCUGACUCCUUCACAAUAAAAGUCCCUCCUGUGAGCACACGCAAUACAAAGUCUGGCAUAUCUCACUUUUGACAGGAGUCCUCAUGAUGAGGAUCAGCCAAAUGAGACAUCAAGUGUGCUGACUCGUCAUGUUUCCAAGUCACACCUCAAAGAUCUGAUGUGAGUGACGAGGCACCUUCUGGAUGUUCUUCCUUCACCGUUUGCGUUUGUCCCGCAGCUCGCCACGGCGGCGUGGAGCUCGACGAGAACGUGCAGGCGGCUGAAGGCUGAGUAAGCUCACAUGGACUGUCUGCACCUCCAAAUGUUCUUGUGUGAAGAUGAUGUUCAACUUGGAUUCACCUGCUUCUGUCGGGAAUGUGCUGAGUGGUCUUCUUCCUCCAGGAUGCUUUGUGCACUGGAACACAGGGAGAUGUCUCCAUCGCUGAGGGACGUCAUCACACUCGCAGAUGAGAUGGAGAUGUGCUUUGUUCUUCGUCCGACUGCUCCUCACGCUAUUCCAUGUAUUCUUCUUUGGCCGUUAAAAGACUUUCAAGAUCAAACGUUGGUGGCUGUAAAAUCGCACGUUUCAUGGCCUUGACGUCAUGACGAGGAUUUCUUCUUUUCUUUCAAUGGCCGCUGCUUAUGAUCAAUAUCACAUUGUGUCACAUCUCUGUCAAUAAAUCCGUUUUUCCUCCA